AUGCUUCCCGGAUGCAAAAUGGUACGUUUUUGCCACUGGAGACAACAUUUAUUUUAUGCUUACAAUCCCUCGGCAUAAACACACACCCAAGCAACCGAUCGAGGAACCUAAAAAAUUCUGACUUCACACUUCAAGUGUGAAUUGCGGAUAUCCGCCUAACAUUUUGUCCGAAGAAUCAUGCCAUGGCAACGUAAAAUCAAACAACUCAUGACAGUCCAGUCGAAAUGAACCAAGUCAAAACUUCAAAUAAUGGGCAAAAACUUUGAACCGAGUCAUUUGAUCAUUUUCCAUUGACAAAUUUCGGUCGGAAGCCCAUUAAAACGCGGGGUAAGUAAUCCAUUUUCUAACUGAUCCUUUUCAGAUAUGUCAGCUCAAAGUUCGUGGCCAAUAAAGCUUAGAGGAAGUAAAAAAGAAUCCAAAUCCGAUUCUGGUCGGCCAACCAAAGUCAAAGGCAAGGAUGGGAAUCGGAAUGGACAUGUAAGCCAGUUCAGACAACAGUGGGCCAAUUUCCCCUGUUGACAAGUAAUCAUUAUGCUUCCAGAGGAAGAGUAGUGCCGAAUCCUUGUCCAAACGGAAGAAAGAAGGCGAGGAAACUGCUGCCCAAUUUUCUCGAGAAACGGUUGGCCACAAAUCGGACUCUUCGCCCAGAAGAAGGCUGGGCAAUUUCAUGGACAAAUUCAAUCCGUUGAAGAAGCGACAUUCUCCGAAAGUAUGGAAAUCUGGUGCUCAUGGACUAAUUUAUCUUUGACAAUAUAUCAUAACAACAUUUUCUUUUAGCAUGAGUUCGAAGCGAAAUCCGAGAAGAAGAAAGAAAAGUCCGAAUCGAGACAAAGAUCUCCACCAGUGGAUACGGGACUGGCCAGAAGUCCUCCAGCUCAGAACGAGUAAGUUGACCAGGUGCCGAACCAUUACAGUCGGGGACCUGAUCCAAUGGCAAAAAACGUACCACUUUGCGUCUGGGAAGUAUCAAAAAUGUGGCAAAAUGCUUCCCUCUCCAAGGGAAAAAACUCCGAUUUCAAAGGCGCGCCCCUGUGUGAGAAGGGCCCUUCAAAACGAAGUUCUUUCACUUGGAGAGGGAGGUAUUUUGCCACAUUUUUUGACACUUCCCGGAUACAAACUGGUACGUUUUUUUGCCUCUGGAUCGGGUCCGUCACUGUACCCUCGGGCUAUGUCAUGAACAAUAUCUAUUUUUGAAUGACUUCGAUUAUUUUGCAGUGACUACGACAAGCCCACAGUCUUUGAGAGAAUUGGUACCCCAAUUCGACCGUGUGUCUCCAAGCCCAAGCGAAAGAAAACGCGCAAAUCCGAGGUGGAAGCCGACGUCAAGACAGGAAGAACUGAAGGUGAUACUAGCACUUCGCGCGCCGAUUCAGACAUCCGAACUGCUCAUGGCGAAGAUGAGAUUUCGAGACAUGAGUCCUCUGCCAGAAAGAGCGAGAAAUCGGUCAAAAAACAGAGCGAGAAAUCGGUGAAAAAACGUGGCAGUAAAGCCGAAGAGGUCAAAGGAAGCGGCAACAAAGAAGGUGAAAGUAAGGAGAGAGCAACUAGUGUUCGAAGGACUGAGUCCAAAGAGAAGAACGGAUCAAAAGCGAGCCUGAAGAAGGUCGAGUCCAAAGAAAACGUCAAGAAGGAGGAGAAAAAGAGCAGGAAGAGUGAGGAGUCCGAUGUCAAAUCAGUAUAUGUUCAAGAUACGGUAAGCCUCUGCAUCAAAGUUUAUAAAUUUCCCUCCAGUGCGUCACGACACCAAAGAAGAAGCCACCAGGAAAACGACCGGAAUAUUCUCGCAGCGAGGAAUUCUACCGCGAAGAGUACGCCAAGUCCGAGUACGUCGAAGAGGACCAGAAAACAUACGAGGAAAAGCCGAAGCCAAAAGAUGACUCCUCCAAGAAUGUCAAGUCUUGCUACCUCGGGUAUUACAAGUAA